AUGACGUGGAAUAGGUCCUUAUUGAGGGAGGUCCUUUCAGUGGAAGAAGCCAAUGUGGUCAGCAAGAUCCCUAUAAGCCUGAGUAGGAGCCCUGACCAACUUAUCUGGAGACUCACAAAGAAUGGACUCUUCACAGUUAAGAGUGCUUAUCAUCUUCUAGGGGAGAUGAAGAACCUAUACAAGAAAAGGAUAAAGGAGUCAGCACUAUGUCCCAUAUGCACCAGGGACUCAGAAUCAACUACACAUGCCUUGUGGUCAUGUCCCUCAGCUCAAGAUGCAUGGGGACUUAGCUCGAGGAAACUACAAAAGGAGAGGGUGGUCGAGUCUCCGUUCUCCAGCAUAGUGGGCCACAUGUUUUCAGUACUGGAUGAAAAUGACAUGUCAACUUUUGCUUCCAUAGUUCACCAAUUAUGGAAGAGAAGGAAUCAAUAUGUAUUUGAAGGCAAGUAUGAUGCCCCUGAGACAGUGGUAAGUACUGCAACUAAGUUAGUACUUAAUUACAAGGAAGCAAACAGAAUCCAAGUGAGUAGGGACAAACCAGUAGCACCAUCUGUUCGAAGCUGGUCAGCACCUCCUCUGCAUGCUUUUAAGGCAAAUUGGGAUGCAUCAGUAGAUAAAGUUCAGUGCAAGGUUGGGAUAGGGGUGGUGAUCAGAGACUGGAAUGGAUGUGUAGUUGCCACCCUUAGAUCCCAAAGGGACCUGCUCCCUGACCCGUUGUUAGCUUAA